CGCGAAGAAUACCAGGUUCCUACCUCUGGCUCCGCUCAGCGCGGAGGUACCCGCGAGACGCACGAGACACGCUCUGUCAUGACAUAUCUCUGUGGUGACUGUGGUGGUAGCGUCACUCUCGGCAAGGACGCUCUCGUCGCGUGCCCGCACUGCGCUGGCCGUGUUCUCUACAAGGAGCGCACCAAGCGGCAAGUU